UUGCAUAGGAUUUUGAAGACAAAAACCAACUCAUUUGGAACCCUAUUGAGAGAAAAAAACCAAACCCUUUUUCUUUAUACAUGUCUUGGGGAGUGAUGGGAGGACACCUGGGUUGGGGUGGCCUCAUUGAAGAGGGUUGGAGGAAAGGUCCUUGGACCGCUGAAGAAGACAGAUUGCUCAUGGAGUAUGUAAGGUUGCAUGGAGAAGGAAGAUGGAAUUCUGUGGCUAGGCUUGCAGGAUUGAAAAGGAAUGGAAAGAGUUGCAGAUUGAGGUGGGUGAAUUAUCUGAGGCCAGACUUGAAGAGAGGACAAAUAACUCCACAUGAGGAAAGCAUUAUCCUUGAGUUGCAUGCUAGGUGGGGGAACAGGUGGUCCACAAUUGCAAGAAGCUUGCCGGGAAGAACAGACAAUGAGAUAAAGAACUACUGGAGGACCCAUUUCAAGAAAAAGGCCAAACUCGCUCCAGAAAAUUCGGAGAAAGCAAGAACUCGUUUCUUGAAAAGGCAACAAUUUCAGCAGCAGCAACAACAGCAGCAGCAGCUUCAGCAACAGCAGCAGCUUCAACUUAACCAAUUGGACAUGAAAAAGAUCAUGUCUUUACUCGAUGAAACUGAAAAUAAUAACAGUAAAUUGGCUUAUUUGCCCCAGAUAAGGCAAGAAAUGGCCAAUAAUUUACUCUACCCCAACACAACAGAGGAACAUGGGGUACUAUAUAGUAUGUUUAAUGCUGCUAAUAAUGGUUCAGUUCCUGAAGCCAGCAAUGAAGAUAUUUUGUGGGAUGGAUUAUGGAACUUAGAUGAUGUUCAUGUCAAUUUCGGUGUGACAAGCAAAGCUGGCAUGCACAAUUUAGUUGCACCCUUCUGUUAACUUCUGCUUUUUUCUAUUGGGUUUCUUCAAAAAAUCUCUUAGUGUGUUCAAUCAAAUGAGAAAGCUCUUAACUUUGGAGCUCAUGGAUUGAUGCUCAAAGGUGUAAAAUUUUGGUUUGUAACCCCCCACCAAAAAAAAAAAAAAAAA